GAUAUCCGCCUCCGGGUUCGUGCUGAAUACUGCCAGCAUGAGUCUGCCCUUCAGGGCAACGUCUUCUCCAACAAGCAAGAGGCAGUGGAGCGACAGUUUGAGCGCUUCAACCAGGCAAACACUAUCCUCAAAUCCCGAGACUUGGGCUCCAUCAUCUGUGACAUCAAGUUCUCUGAGCUCACCUACUUGGAUGCCUUCUGGAGGGACUACAUCAAUGGAUCAUUGCUAGAGGCCCUCAAAGGGGUCUUCAUCACAGAUUCCUUAAAGCAGGCUGUGGGCCAUGAAGCUAUAAAACUGUUGGUCAAUGUUGACGAGGAGGACUAUCAGGCUGGUCGACGCAAACUGCUCCGCAAUUUGGUCACAAGUGGAGGGAGCCCACCAGGAGCUGGCAAAGACUGUGUAUCUUAGAAACUCUCUAGGUGGUAGUAUACGGGAGGAACGCUGCUGUGACACCCUCCCACCCCCAUAGAGUGAGAUGUGGUUGUUUGAGGUGCCUGAAGUGUAUGCCUGAAAGGAACUAAAGAACUUCAAGCCACCGUGUUGAUUCCUUGAGAGCGGAGGUCGUAUGGUAUCUACUCGGCACCCCUAAGCGUAGCAUGCGAGGUGACUGGGAACUAUUUUAGCAAAGAGAAGCAGGCGAUGCAUACAGGUUGACACUAAUUUAAAUGUUGAGCUGUAUGCUGAUUCAUAUGUGCAUUGAUAAUUUUUUGUUUCUGGUAUGUUAGCGCAUUGAAACACAUUUGUUAACUCUAAUGAUACUCUUCACCCCUUUUCAGAAGUGUAGUUAUUUUCAAUACAGGAAACAUGCUCAACACUGAGUUACUCCCAGUGGGAGUUGUACCUUAUUGUCAAACUGGUUCAUCUUUUUUCCAGAUUUCCCAUUGGAUUAACCCAAUGAGACAGUGUUCUGUAUGUUAUAGAAAGGCGCAGCUUGAAGUUGACUUAAAAUUAGUUUUUCUAUUUCUUUCAGCUUAUUAUGCUACUUUCCCAAGACUUUGCAGAGUUUCCUUGUCUGUAGAGUCUGUCUUUUGGCUCAUAUUUGAUCACUGUCUAUGUCAUUGUGUCUCGGCUUUGUUUUAACUAAGUUGUUUUACAACAUGGCUCCUUACCAGCAGCUGUGAUUCUGGCCUAAUUUGACAUUUCAGUUGUCCAGUCACUGCCAAUAUUUAAAACGUUGUGGAUCGUUCUAAUGUGUCAAUCUUAUCCAAUGAAACAUUGAGUCAUUGUCUGGUGUUUUAGUGUGCAUUUGCUAAUCAUUGCCAGUUUCAUUGUCAGCCUGUACCUCUGGUCCUCUGCUCACUCAGCCUCUCACUUGUGUUCACUCAUCAUAUAACACUGAACUUUUUUAAGUUUGAAAUAGCACUCAAUAACAAUUCAAUAGCAGGUAAAAAAAACUCGUCGUGCCUGUAGUAAGGUGCCAGAACAAAUCAAAAUAAUUCACAGGGCUUGUUUUUGUGAAAAUAUUUCACCCAGCUGUAGUUGAACUGCCACAUUAAAUCCUUAGCAGUCUUUUCUGUGGAUGUGUCACACCCCUCUGGUGGAUGAGAAUGGAGUUGAGUCCACGUACUUAAACUGUAGCUAAACCUCUAAGUUCUGCUAGCUCUCUCCCUCCCAGCAAAUAAAAAAUGCAGCAGAGAGAAUCAAGUAUGGGGCGUGGCCUUGUGGCUACAAAGUGUAUGACACAAGCCACUGCUCUCAGACUUUCUGUGUCCGUGCUGAAAACACAGUCACUAAAAGCAAAUUAGCUUGUAAAAGUUUCUGUGUGCUACCUGUGUUGUAACGUUAGUAGCGGCAAGCGGCUGAGACAUGCUAACUCUCUGUCUCUGUCUGUCAGGCUACGUAGUAGGCCACAGUCUGCAGAUUGAGAUGUUGCUUUCAUAGGAGUGGGUGGGGAGGAGGGAGCAGCUGGUAAUGAAAAGCUGCUACGUCACCUGCCUCCAGAUCAGCCAAUAGUGAAAUUGCAAUAUGUCGAAUUCAAAUGGUUUGCACAAAAAUGUCCAGAUUUGGACCUGAAUCAGUCGAUCAACACUACUAAAUAUCCAUACACAUAGGAUUUCAGCUAAAAACCUUAAGUGGUUUAGGGAUUAAUUACUCUUUAAAAAGCAGUACAAGCAGGCGUUGCAAUCACUUCCUCACGGCCUGACGGCUUGUUGCACGGAAAGUAUCUUUCUCUCUAAGGAGGUGUGGCAUCUCCACAGGCAUCCAGCAACCGAACUGGGGAUUGUUUUGUUAAAGGCUUUGAAACAGGAAAAAAUAGUACUGUGCAGGCCAACAUAAUAGUAAGGUAUAUAGCAUGUAAAUCCUAUAUACCUUACCACAGUUUAGCGCAGAUCUUAAACAGUGAUAUGCUUCUAGUGGCAGAAGACAAUGUUUACAGUGUCGUCUUAAACUGGCCAAAAUGUGAGUAUGUCGAAUAUGUCUGGGAAAGUGUGUGUGUG